UCUCUCCCUCCGUUAUCUCUCCUUCCUCCUCUUCCUCCUUUCACAUUCAUUUCACGUCCCAUCUCAUUCAGAAUCACCUGUAUAAUUUUAGUUAUCUCUCUGCCAUACUUAAAUUCUCGUAUUCCAGCAAUAUUUACGUGCAUUAGUUAAUCCAAAAGAGGAGGGCCAGUUAGCUAUUUCACAGUAGACUUAAUUAAUUUCCGAGGUUAGCGUGAAUGUAACUGCUGCUCUUUAUAUAUGCUGUUGGGAACGUAAUGGGAGGAGUUAGGGACGUAAAUGAGGCAUGGAAAGAAGGAGGAAUAAAUGAGGAAGUAGUGAGAGAAAGGAGGAAGAGGAGGAAGGAGAAAUAACGGAGGUAUGAGAGGAGAGAAGAGUGUGACUGUCUGAUUGAGAGGAGGUGCAUUUUUUACCUCCACUUUUAGACAUAUUUUUGGAGAGAAAGGAGAAAUGGAGAGAAAAAACAAAGAGAUGGAGAGAAAGAUAAUUCAUUUAGGUAUGUAUGGUAGGAAGGAGAAAGAGGAGGAAGGAGAGAGAAAAGAGGGAGAGAAGAGUGUGAAUGAGCAAAACCGUCUGACAGAGAAGAGGUGCAUUUUUUACCUCCAAUCUUAGACAUAUUUUUGGAGAGAAAAAACAAAGAGAUGGAGAGAAAGAUAAUUCAUUUAGGUAUGCAUGGUAGGAAAGGAGAAAGGAGGAAGAGAGGAAAAAAGGGAGGAAUCAUUUAUCCUAAGCGCGAAAGGUGAUGGGGAACUGAAGUAGAGUUUCCCAUGGUAUACCUAAACCAGGAAACUUCAUUUAUAUUAUUACUUUUCCUGCUGCCGGUGUUGUGUUGUGCCUUGAGACUGAUGCGGCCAGAGGCUAACUUUAUCUCUGGGGCCAUAUUUAUAAACAUUACAGUCCCCAAGCACACGUAUUUGACAAGGCUUUCAUGGGAGUUCGGGGCAUUUCCAGGGGUGCUUUUAUGGCCCUCAUGGUUGCUAUAGUUUGACUCUUCUGUACCGUGAACGAGAAAAAAACCCACUCAUCAAAGCCCGAUUAAUCUUCUUUUCAGGCUUUGGAAAUAUAGUUGACGUGACAGGUGGAACGUGCCUUGAAAUCAGCAAAAAUGUACUGCAGUGGGUGGGCGUUUCCUCUGGCUGUGGCGGCGCUCGUAGGAAAUGGUAAUUUCAAAGCCGUGGAGGGUCGAAGUAUGAAGCUCAGCCUUACGGUAAUGCAGCCAGACAAUAGCACGCAGGCAGAGGAGUUUGAAGUAGAUGAAAAGAGCUUCGCCAACGUGGGCCUCACCUACGACCAAGUGGUGGUAGGGUACGCGCGUGCUGAUGACCGAGGAAAUGUUCAAGAAAUUGUGGUUGGGGACAAACACAUACCUGUGCGCCUCCAAUACAAUAAAGCCUCACUUAACACCACUUCCUUCAGCUUCAUUACUGUCAACCAAACUAUGUGGACAGUCAGCCUCAAGAAUUUCACAAAUAUUACUGUUGAAGAUUUUGAAGAGGAUGAAACGCUGCGGCCUGUGGAGGUGAUGCUGGACUGGUCACUUCCCGAGGCAGGUGACCCCCAACCCAUGGCUAUGGUCCUUACAUCUGCUGCCCGUCAUAACAGUUCAAUGGUAUCAGUGCGACACAACAGAUCAAAUGAUGACUGGCAGCUGGUACCCCCAGAGGCAGUGCUAUCUCUGAGGGUGGUGAACCCAUACACUCAGCAGGCCACUCUCACCACCCACUUCACCACGGACUUAGUGGAUCUAGAGCUGGAAGAAACCCUCAGCAAGUUGACAGAGGAGCGGAUUGCAUUUCUGAUUGCAUAUCCAAGUUUCUCAAGUCCCUUUGGGGCUCCUGUCAGAGACUUCCUCUCACUGUUGGGAUCCUUUGCUGCCCAACACCUCAGGCCACGAGACAUGUGGGCCUGGGCUUGGCGUGUUGGGGGCUCAACGCUGGGUGAAGGCUUGGUCACAAACAUUAUGGGUGCUGCCAAUGGAAAAGUCCUGCCACCUUUGCACUUGGAGGUGACUUUGCCAGCUCCUAAAUGGAAAGAACCAAAGUUGUGCAGGCAGUGGCCAGAUAACUGGAACAAGAGACAACACUUUUGUGAACUUUAUGAUGGAUAUGGUGAUCUGUGUUCCUGCUCUGCACCUUUCAUUGCAUCCAUCCCAGCCAACAUAACUAAGCCUGAGAUGUGGCGGGAAGACUUGGGUGUGGUAAUCAUGGCCAGCAGUCGCCCACAUUAUCUUUACAGGUUACUGCGACAACUGAUGACUCAACCUGGCGUGACUUUGGAUCAGAUCAUGGUGUCAGUGGAUGGACCUGAGUACCUAGAAACUAUUAAGCUAGUUAACUUACUUGGUCUCAAAUACCAGAUUCACCAGCCUGAAGGUGAUUGGACCCCACGCAUAUCCAGGCACCUGAGGUUUGCUUUAUUCAGGGCGUUAAACCUUCUUAGUGUUGAUAAAUUCAUCAUCCUUGAGGAAGACCUUAUGCUCUCUCCUGACUUCAUCAUGUACAUGCAGCAGACAUCAGUGCUGCUUGAUGAGGACCAAUCCAUCUAUGCAGUUUCUGCCUUUUCCCAUUUCUCGUACAACCACGUUGCACAUGACCCAACUAGACUUACCCGUGUACACUCCUUUCCUGCAUAUGGAUGGAUGGUCAAGAGGGAUUUCCUGAGAGAGACAUUGCCCAAAUGGCCUCCAGUCUAUGUGGCUGUUGACUGGGAUUACUGGAUGGGCACAGACGUGGUGCGCCUGGGUCGGGAGGUGGUGAUUCCUGAGGUGCCACGCACAGCCCAUUUAGGUGUGGCAGGAGUACACUUUCAAGGUCCUGAUGCAAAGAAGGCUUUUCUGAAUAGAGCAUUCUCUCACUCUACUGAUAUUCAACUUAAUGUCACUAGGAUGAAGAAAGAUGAUUAUGAGGAAGAGAUGAAGGCACUCCUGUCAUCAGCCGUGCCUCUCAACAUCACCCACCUCUUCAGUUUUUCUUUCCCCAGGGAGGGAGGAGUCUUUGCAGUUUGCGUCCACAUGAGGAGUCUGUUUGACAAAUCUGCCUUUCGACUGGUUUCAAAGGCCCUUGGUUUGUGGAAUCGAGACAUUCGCGAGGGUCACUAUGCUCUAUGGAGGGUGCCUUACUAUCAUUCACUCAUUCUUAUCAUUGGUGUUCCCUAUUCCAAGUACAGUCACAACUACCUGCAGAGAGGGUGUCCUGUCCUAAGGGCAACCCCAAAGAUGGAAACAUUCCUGGAUUAUGACUUUGAAUCAAAGAGGGAAGAUGUGUAUCCACCUCAAGAUUUCCAUAGUAUUUUGGAAAUACCAUUAGACAGUGAAAAGAGUCAGACUACCCUUCAUGUUGGCAGUGAAGAAGACCAGUUUGCCCUUGACAUCAAUAAUGAGCAAAAUCAAGCAACCCUUAUCAGACAGGAGCAAAACCAUACUGAUUUUUACGUCCAGGAACAAAACCAAACUGCCCUCCCUGAUAUCAGUGAAGUAAACCAAACUGCCCUUCCUGUGAUCAGUGAAGUAAACCAAACUGCCCUUCCUGUGAUCAGUGAAGUAAACCAGACUGCCCUUCCUGUGAUCAGUGAAGUAAACCAAACUGCCCUUCCUGUGAUCAGUGAAGUAAACCAAACUGCCCUCCCUGGUAUCAGUGAAGUAAACCAAACUGCCCUUCCUGGUAUCAGUGAAGUAAACCAAACUGCCCUCCCUGGUAUCAGUGAAGUAAACCAAACUGCCCUUCCUGUGAUCAGUGAAGUAAACCAAACUGCCCUUCCUGGUAUCAGUGAAGUAAACCAGACUGACAUUCGUGUCAAGAAGAAGGAAAACCAGUCUUCAUUUUCUUUAAACAAUGAACAAACUCAAAACACCUUCAGCAUGAGCUAGGACACCGAUUCAAGCUGCUUUUCUAGGCAAUGAGGAUAACCAGACUUCUUUCUAUACCACCAUCAGGCAAAACUACUUUACCGUUGAGACCAAAAAUUCAAGUCUCGUUACUUAUUUAUAUAUGGAAUUAGAUCUGACUCACACUCACGUACACUAGCAACCUACCACAUGAAGACUUGAGGCAAAAUUACAUUCCACACACUGAUCCUUCAAUACAGCAGAAGGAAGGUGAGGGAAAGCAAACUCAUCUGUACGACACCUCUGGCUCAUCCCUCCCUGACAACAGAGGACCAAACCUAACCUAAUCUCCUUGCAGAGUACCAUGACUUCUCUGUUUCUGAUUGACAGUGAAUCUUUAAAUGCUGAGGAUGAUAUAUAUAUUUAUAGGACCUCUUAAUUUCCUCAAUACCAGUGCAAUAUCUGCCAAAACACUGCUAGAAAAAGUAGCUUAGGUAAUAUAGAAGACACAGAGAAUAGUCUUGAAAUAACUAGAAGGAGUACCACUGAACCUCAAGAAGCCUAGAUCCUUUGCUGUAAAAAAAUCGGCUUUAACAAAAAAUCUACACAUAUUUGUAAUAAGCCAUUGAAGAUUAAAAUGUCAUACGUACUUGAAG